AUGGCAACAACAAAACAAAAACUCAUUUCCACCCUUAAAUUUCUCAUCUUCAUUACCCUUUUCACAAAAUCUAGUUCACAAUCUCCAAACUAUGUAGGUGAUGAUUGUCAAAACUCAACAGAACAAUCUCUUACAACUACAUACAGAUCAAAUCUUAAAAAAGUGCUAUCAUUGCUAUCCUCAGAUGCUAUUGUAAGCAAAGGAUAUAAUCAUACAAGCAUAGGAGGUAACACAGUUGAUGGUGUCUAUGGUCUCUAUGAUUGUAGGGGUGAUGUCACAGGUUCUUUUUGUCAAUUUUGUGUCUCUACUGCUGCCUCAGAUAUUCUUCAACACUGUCCUAAUAGAGCCUCGGCUGUUAUAUGGUACAAUUAUUGCAUUCUCAGGUAUUCAAACCAUAAUUUCUUUGGGAAGCUAACAACAACACCUUCAUGGUAUAUUUUGGGGACAGUUAGAGAAAGUUCCUAA